CAUGUUCACUUCACAAGCCGAAAGUGAAAAGAGAGAGAUAGAGAUAUAUAGAGAGGAAGAGAAAUGGCAAAGUCUGCUUCCGUCUUCCUUGUGUUCUUUCUUCUGGUCCUCACGGUGAUCGAAGUGCCGAAGAUGGAAGCUCGUCAGCUGGACGAGGAGUGCUUGAAAGUGUACGAGGAUGCGCCGCUUGCGUUUUGCAUUGCUCUGAUUUUCCCGACCCUUUGUUACCAUAGAUGCCGUGAAGACAAGGAAGCUUUGGGCGGACACUGCAAGCUGGGAAAAUUCGGUAAACCUACUUGCUACUGCGACUAUUGCAGCGACAAACCACUUUCCAUUCAAAUGAAAUCCAGCGAUGCUUAAUAUAUAUAUAUUAGCAUGUUUGAUGAAGAGGAUGCCCAUGUCACGUACGUAUGUGUGCCUAAUGUAAUAAUAAAUAACGAACAAAGGAAGGGGUCUGUCUCCACUCUAACCUUGGUUCUCCCUUUUUUGUUUCCAUGUUAUUUUACCACCUUUCUGUAAUGUUUCCCUAAUGAAUAAUAAUGGCAUCUCUUAUAUGUUUCUUCG